CGUCGUCGCCCCUGCUUCCUGGCCCUCCGCGGCCAAACUUUGGCUCCAGCUGCCGAUCUCUCCGCGCGGUCGCCGGCGGCGGGUGCCCGGCCAUGGAGGCCACGGCAGGUGCACCAGACAGGAAGCUGGUGCACCUGGCACCGCCCAGCCUCUUCGGGCCCGGGCAGCCGCCGAAGUUCCUCCUCUCGGCGCCGCACGGGGACGGCGCGCCCCGCAGCGCCCCCCGGGCGGUGGUGGCCGCGGCCGCGGCUGUCCUGGGACAGCCCCGGCCGCUUGCGGAGCCGGGCGCCGCGCCGCUGGGCCAGCCGGUCCGCCGGGAGGCCCCGGCAGACGCGCGGGACGCCCCCUGGCCGCCGCGGGCCGGCGGCGCCGGGGCGGACCUGCUCCGGCACUCCGAGCGCCCGCUGGCCGCCGCGCGGUGCCCCGCGGCCGCCGCCGCCGCCGAGGGCCCAGGCGCGGAGCUCCGCUUCGGGGACUCGGUGCGCCUGCUCUUCGCCUCCGCGGAGGGGCAGGAGGCGGCGCUGGCGUCCGCGCCCCCGGGCGCCAGCGCCCAGGCGGAGGCGCGCCUGGCCGAGGAGCUCUCCAGCUCUGGCCGAGCCGCUGCAGGCUUCGCCGCGGCGACCGCCGUGCCGCUGCGCGGCCGGCCGGCGGGCGUCCUCGGCGUGCGAUUCGCGUGGCAGGUCUAUCGGGCCGAGCCCCUCGACGGCUUCCCGGACGACGGCGUGGUGCGGUACGGGCAGUUGCUGCGCCUGGGCCAGCGGCCGAGCUUCGACGGCGGCGACGAGCUGCUCCUGUCCUGCGAGCCGCCAGGCCGUGGGGGCGGGUCUGGGGCCGCCUACCUGGUGCUCGGGCGUUACGCCUCCGCGCUGCACCCCGAUCCCCGGGAGGAGCAGAAGGCCUGGAACACCUCCUUCAGGCUGUUACCGCACGCCCCUCACGAGGCGCCCGAGGAGUUGCUGGGCGCGCCGGUGGACCUGCGGAGGCACGUGGUGGUCUCCCCUGCCUCGCCGCCGACGCUGAUGCACGGCCUGCGCGCGCUGCGGCCCGCCUCGUCGAACACGGGCGGCACGGUGAGCCUCGGCGCAGCGGGGGGCGGGCGCGAGUGGCUCCUGGAGGGCGGCGGCCUCGACGCGCCAGGCGUGCUGGUUGAGAGGCUGGCGCUCGACGCGGCCGCCCUGGAGGCCUGCGACAGGCACCGCGAGUGUGCGCACGCCGGCACGCCCCGCGCGCUGCUGGGCAGGGCGCUGGAGGCGCCCCUCGCAGACGCGCAGCGAGCAAGGAGCACCCCCGCGGCCCUCGCGGGCCCAGAUACGCGCUUCGCACGCUGGGAGCGCCUACGGCGCACCAUUCUGUCGCGGGUCAGAGCGCGGGGUCCCAUGGCGCUGGCCGUCUUCCGCAAGGCGGUCGGCACCAACCAGCCCGUGGCCAUCGAGCACGCGGAGCUCGGCGAGGUCGUGGACGUGCCCGGGGCCGACGAGGCGCCGAAGCUGGACGAGCGGGCCCGGGUGCCGCUAGAGGCGCUGCUCCACUCGCUCUCCCUGGACUGCGGUGUGCGGCUGCAGGCGGAGCAGGCGGACCUGAUCGCCGAGACCUUUGCGGUGCAGCACGGGGGGCACGAGCGGCCUGCCACUGCAGACCGGCUGGUGGACGUCGACCUCUUCGUGGACGCGGUGCGGGGGCACCCGUCGCCCUUCCGGACCCGGCUCCUGGGGCGCCUCUACACGCAGCUGCAGGCGGAGGCGGGCAUGGCCCCGGGCGACAGCCUGAUGAUGCACUGGGUGCAGGAGCGGCUGCGCCAGCGGCUGCCGCCGGAGGGGCGCGGGCAGCUGCCCCGCGCCCACACGCCCGAGGAGCUCCUCGGCGCCCUGCCGCUGCUCCGCACCCACGCGGGGCUGCGCCGGGCGGCCUUCGCGCGCUGGAUGGCCGACGUGACGUACCACCUGCCCUCCCACGAGGCCUUCGUGGCCCGCGUCGAGGAGCUCUGGGGCCGCUGCGCGGCGCUCGGCGGGGCCUGCGCGGCCGGGGCCUGGCCCCCCGAGGGGAUCCGCGAGCUGAUGCUCCGCGAGAUUGCCGAGAGCGUGUGCUUCAGCCCUGGCCCGGAGCCGCACCGGCCGAGGCUGCGCUCCGAGGUCCGCGGCAGCGUGUCGCCCACCCGCUGCGCUGUCGGUGACUGGCACAUGAUCACCGGCCUGCUGCGACCAGGGCUCAGCUUUCUGUUCGGCAUCGUGGCGCACAAGGUGGUUGGACGACUGGCCAGUCACAUGAGGUCAAUGAAGCUGCGCAUGGGCACGCGCGCAGAGAGACGCGCCGCGUUGCCAGAGCCCGUCGGCUCCAAGAGACUCUGGAUCGCGCAGCGCACCCACAUCAAGAUGGCGGACGAGUGGAUGGACAAAAGGUUCAACGGAUGGGCGGCGCACCACACCGACCCGUUCCAGUUGGCCAGUGACCUGCAGGCGCGGGAUGACCUUCCCGCGCCGACGGUCGGAGAUGCCCUAGGAGUGGCAGGGCGGAUCGUGGCAAGUGCCUGGGACCUCGGAUUGGACAUGAGCUCAGCACAUGCCCUCAUCGAUGGUCUCGGCUCUGUCGCCUCCCUGCUCGUCACUCCACCGCUGGAGCUCCAGUCCACGCUUCUUGACAACAUCGGCCUCUCUAUGGGCAAGGUGCCGUUGGUUGGGCGGUCCACGCCUGGCACAGAGCGCCCCAUGCUGCUUGUGCAGAGCGGCAGUCACGAGGACAUGGUCCAGUGGGGCACUGCCGCCGUGUUGGCCAAGAAGCUCGAGAAGGAGCGCGUCACCGAGAACGAGGUGCAGGCGAAGCGGCAGAAGCGCGAAGAGGCGCAGAAGGCGGCCUUCCCCGAGGUGGCCCAGCCGGUCCCGCAGCCCCUGCAGGCGGCGGACCCCGCCCCCGUGGAGGCGGCCGCCGCCGCGGAGGCCGCCGACGACGGCGUGCCGCAGCCGCGGGACGACGAGCAGGACCUGCAGGAGCUCCUGAAGGGCCUCGGCAAGGCGGCGGCCAAGCUGGACCAGGCCAGGGCACUGGCCAGCGCAUGGGCUCAACAUUUCGGCAAGCAGAUGACCGACGCCUCCCUCACCACAGAGUUCCUUCUGCGCUGGGCCGUGCCGUUCGACUGGAGCUCGGUGUCGGCACCCUCCACCUACCUCAUCAAGAGUUUUCUCAAGCGCGCGACCGACUCGAGCCCUGGCGACGGGGGCGCGGAGACCUUGCUUCAAGUCACGUCCCACAGGUCCGCCGGUCUCCCGAUGCCGCUCACCUUCACCGUGUCCGAGCCCAGCGUCCUUCCGAAAGGCUCUCAGGCAGGCGACGCUGGUGAGAUCAUCCCGAAGCCGGAAGAUGCCCGGCCGUUGAGCCUCGAAAAGACCGACACCGAAAUUUGCUGCGGCACAGUAAGCGUUCUGUUGCGGAAUGUCGCGUCCAAGGGCGUCUCCUCCAUCCAGCGGGGCUUCGUUGCUCGGCUUCGGCUGACCCAGACGAUCGUCGGCCUCGACUGCGCGGCUCUAGGAGCGCCGCACGGUAUCCUCGAUUUCUUGCAGGGCGUCUACCACCUGAGCAUGGCUUUCAUCUCAGGUAUUUUCCUCUACUUCUUCGAGGGUGGUUCCUUGCAGGGUUGCCCUGUCAGCAGUAUUGUUUACGCCGUGUCAACGCACCACUUCGCGGAAAGGGUGCGACGCACCGUCGACCUCAAAGGGCUUGGCACCACGAGUAGCUGCGCGGACGAUGUGGGCGCCGCGACCUUCGAGCUCAGCACGCUGAGGGAGUAUGCCAACACGUUCAACUACAUGCAAAAAUGCGCCGACCCCCAGCUAAAACCAAAAAAAUGCCAACUCGUCCCUCUCUACGCCACUUUCGUGCUCCAGCUGAUCGAGUCGGUCUGGGACUGGCUGCAGGCGAUCGUCCCCGAGUAG